CAUCAUGAAGCUGUUUCUUUUCGCAUUGGUUGUGGCUUCUGCCACUGCUAUUCCGCUGAAUAACUACAGAAAUGCCGACGAAGAGGAUUGGCAACUUGUACCAGACACUGAUGGCAACAUGCAUUUGGUUGAUAUUCGAAAUAACGAUGACCAGGAUAUAACACCGCUGUUCAAUGCGUUCAACGAUGUUGUGUUCCGUUUAUUUACCAGAAGUAAUCCAACGUCACCCCAAUUUAUCCAAAUUAACAAUCAAGCCCAACUCGUCAACAGUAAUUUCAAUGUGAACCAUCAGACGCGAUUCCAAAUUCAUGGAUGGAAUGGAGGCGGACAUGAUGGCACUGGUGCAUCGAUUAGAAACGCGUACUUGAAUCGUGGCGACUUCAAUGUUUUUACUGUAGACUGGGGACGGGGAGCAGGUACACCAAAUUAUGUUCUCGCUAGAAAUCGCGUCAACGAAGUCGGUCAAGUGGUUGCACAAUUCAUUGACUUCCUGAACGUUAACGGUCUUCCACAUUCACGAGUCAGUGUAGUAGGUCACUCACUAGGAGCGCAAGUCGCUGGUGCUACAGGAAAGCGAACGACUCGCGGAAGAGUUGAGACCAUAGUUGGAUUAGAUCCAGCCGGACCACUUUUUGCCCUUGAUGACCCAGCAAAUAGACUUCAUCACACAGAUGCAAAUUACGUAGAGUCAAUUAUAACAGACGGUGGACGACUAGGUUUCCAACAUCCAAUUGCACAUGCCAAUUUCUACCCGAAUUGGGGUACGAGUCAACCUGGAUGCGGCGUAGAUCUUACUGGACAGUGCGGUCAUAAUCUAGCAACUACUUUGAUGGUAGAAUCCAUCAAUCCAAUACACAUUUUUGGAGCUAUUCGAUGCAGAGGCUUAGACGAUAUUCGAGAUAGAAAUUGUGUUAUUAGCGGUACGAGUAGACGUUUGGGAGGAGAGCCGGUUCAAGAUGGUCCGGGCAUAGUUGGAAGUGUUUAUUUCCUGACAACCAAUGGCGCUUCACCAUUUGCUCACGGACCUAGAUAAAUGAACAAAUUCAAGGUCAAUCAAAGUCUAAGUUUGUCGAAUAAAGAAAUUUGAAAAUUCUGCCUGUUG